AUGCCACUUUAUACGUUGAUCAAGGUUUGUGCUCUUGUUCUCUUUGCCCACUUUGCAACUGUUGAAUGUGGAGAUUUGUCUGUCAGGUUGCGAGGACCAUCCAGGCUAAAUGGUACUGGUCGUGUGGAAAUCUUAUAUUCAGGAAGAUGGGGAACAAUUUGUGAUGAUGCAUGGGACAUAAAUGAUGCCCGCGUUACAUGUCGUCAACUUGGUUAUCGGAAUGCUCUUAGAGCUCUUCAAGGGUGGGAAGUUCCUUCUGGUUCAGGACAGAUUUGGUUGGAUGAAGUUGGUUGUACUGGAAUUGAACAAAAGCUAGAAAGUUGUCCUCACAACGAUGAUGAAGGAUGGGGAAGUCAUGACUGCGGUCAUUCGGAAGAUGCUGGAGUGGAAUGUACUUUUGGAAAUGUCGAAUAUUGCUCAUUGGGAUUGCACAACUGUGAACGUAAUUCUCAAUGCAUCGACACUGACAAUGGCUUUACAUGCAGAUGUAAUCAAGGCUUUACUGGGCACGGCGUUACUUGCUCUGACAUUGAUGAAUGUUCAUCAGUAAACAACUGUCAUUCGAAUGCUGUUUGCACAAACACUUAUGGAUCCUACCGAUGCACAUGUAAUGGUGGAUUUACUGGAAAUGGUACCUUCUGCCAAGACAAAGAUGAAUGUUCUGAUUUACCACACCACUGUCCUUUAAAGACAAACUGCACGAAUACAAAUGGAUCCUACCAAUGCUGUGGAAUAGAAAGUUCUGGAAAUGGUUCCAUUUGUAGAGAUGCGACUCUCAGAUUACAAGGACCAUUAAGGCUAAAUGGCACUGGUCGUGUGGAAAUAUUAUAUUCCGGAAAAUGGGGAACAAUUUGUGAAGAUGGUUGGGACAUAAAUGAUGCUCGCGUUGCAUGUCGUCAACUUGGUUAUCGGAAUGCUCGUAGAGUUCUUCGUGGAUGGCAAGUUCCUGAUGGUUCAGGAAAGAUUUGGUUGAACCAGGUUCGUUGUACUGGAACUGAACAAAAUCUAGAAAGUUGUCCUCACCACUAUUGGGGAUGGGGAAAAAAUAACUGCGGACAUUAUAACGAUGCUGGAGUGACAUGUACUUCACAAGAUGUAAAUUAUUGCUCAUGGGGGUUGCACGACUGCGUGGAAGAUUCUCACUGUAUUGCCACUGACAAUGGCUUUACAUGCAGGUGUAAGAAAGGUUUUCGGGGAAAUGGCGUUGCUUGCUAUGACAUCAAUGAAUGUUCAACAGGAAACAACUGUCAUUCCGAAGCUUUUUGCACGAACACUUAUGGGUCUUAUCGAUGCACAUGUAAUGGUGGAUUUACUGGAAAUGGUACCUUCUGCCAAGAUGAAGAUGAAUGUUCUGAUUCAACACACCGCUGUCCUCCAGAGACAAAUUGCACCAAUACUAAAGGAUCCUAUCAAUGCUGUAGAACACAAAAGUUUAGAAAUAGUUAUAUUUGCAGAGCAUCGGAUGUGUAA